AUGGAGCGAGAAAAACAGAUCCAACAGUCAUCACCUGUUUACAGGUAUAAGAACACGAACACGGCGCCGGCUGGAGGAGAGAGAGACGCGUCAGGUAAACGUCCGCUUCAGACGCCGCCACCUCCGACUCCUCUCAGGUAAACGUCUGCAGCUCUUCUUCUCUUUCUCUUAAAAUUUAAAACAGAAAAAGAACCUUAAAGCUCCUGGAGGAGCUGACGCCUCCAUGGUUCCACAGAUACCAGGUACCAGGUUCUUUCUUUGGGUUCAGUCUUAAAUUGUUGCUGAGGGGAGAUUUCACAUGAAGACAGCUGUGAGUGAAACAUUUGAUUAUUUAAAGACGACAGAAGGAUCUUUAAUUUAAAUUAUCCAUGUACAGAAUAUUAUCUGCAGAGACUGCUCUGUCCACAGGGGGGCGCCAAAAUCAACACAGACCUAAAGAUUUUCACUGGAGCUUUAAAUGUCUGAUCUGAGUCACAAAGAAAGGAUAAAAUAAAAGAGUUUCAUGUUUUAGCAGGUCAAACUUUUCGUUCAAAUUCACGCAGAAAACAUCGACUCGUCCAAAAACAAACGUUGUAUUUCUGUCAUCAUAUUUGAGCUGGGGUCUCUUCUGUCGUGUUUAUCAUGUUUCCUCAGUAGAUCCCCGGACCAUCUGGGGUUCUGGUUUUUGUUCUUUAAAGCGGGUCUGUGGUCUCUGGAGUCCAGGACUUGAGCGGUCAGUCCGUCUUCAGGAUCCUGAGGAGUUAAUAUUUAACCUCAAACUGAGUCCACUGUGUUUUCUGUCAGUGACUCUGAGCUCAUGCGGCGAUUUCCACUCCAGAGUCUGUUUUUGUAAGUUUAUCUUUAUCCAGACUCUCAUCAGUCGAGGAUGACAUCACUGAACUUUGUGAAACUGUUAUUUCCUCACACAGGUGUGAGCGUUUCCGCACCAUCACCUCUGAGAGACUCCGCCCCUCUGGACUGAAAUAUGUUCCUGAUUCUAAACUUUAAAUGAGAAUCAUAACAUAUAUAUAUAUAUGAAUAUAUAUAUAUAUAUAUAUAUAUAUAUAUAUAUAUAUAUAUAUAUAUAUAUAUAUAUAUAUAUAUAUAUAUAUAUAUACAGUAUAUAUAUAUAUAUAUAAAUAAAUAACUAUUAGUUUAAGGUCUGAUAUGUCGUCCUUUCUCCAUUUCCAGUUGGCUGUAUAAUUUAAAUUAUAUUGAAUAUAAUUAAAUAUAAUUUACAUUUUGUUGAAUAUAAUUAAACAUAAUUAAAAUUAUAUUGAAAAUAAUUAGACAUAAUUUAAAUUAUAUUUAAAAUAAUUAAACAUAAUUAAAAUUAUAUUUAAAAUAAUUAACCAUCAUUUAAAUCUUUGUUAAGAUAACUCGCCGCCGUUGUCUCCUCCUCCCUCGUGUUUCUCCUGCAGCCAUGCUCUCGGAGGUCUUCGUUCGUGGGAUGCUCUACGCCUCCCUCACCGUUGUCGGAGUUCCUGGAAACUCCGCCGUCAUCCUGGCGUUCCUCAUCGUCCUCUACCAGGGGAACCAGCUCCUCCCUGCCGACGCCAUCGUCCUCCACCUGGCCUGUGUUAACCUCCUCGUGGUGAGCGUCCGCUGCCUUAUAGAGACCAUCGCCUCCUUCCGUCUGGCCUCCAUCUUUGGGGACUUGAGCUGCAAAGCCGUGAUCUUCAUCUACAGGACGUCUCGCUCCCUCUCCAUCUGGCUGACCUUCGUCCUGAGCGCGUACCAGUGCCUGAGCAUCGCUCCUCCCGGGUCACACUGGGCCUCCGUCCGGGCCGGCGUAGCUCGCUAUCUGGGGGUCGUGUUCCUCUCCCUCUGGGUUAUUAACACCUGCAUGAGCUCGGCCGCCAUCCUCUUCUCGCUCGGCACUCAGAAGAACUCCAGCCUGGUAAAUCACGCCAUCAACGUUCAGUUCUGCUACGUCUACUUCCCCUCCAAGUUGUCCAAAGAGGCGAACGGCGCCGCCCAGGUGGGCAGAGACGUGGUCCCCAUGAGUCUCAUGACCGUCGCCAGUCUGAUCAUCCUCGUCUUCCUCUACAAGCACAACAAACAGGUGAAGGGGCUCCGCAGUGGAGGAGGGGGCGGAGUCAGCGGAGGGGCUGAGCGCCGAGCUGCCAAAGCCGUGGUUGCCCUGGUGACCUUGUACGUGGUCCUGUACGGCGUGGAUAACGGGCUGUGGGUCUACACUCUGACAAUGAGGAAGACCAUGACCUCCUCUCUGAUCACUGACCUGCGGAUCUUCUUCUCCUCGCUGUACGCGGCGCUCAGCCCCCUGGUCAUCAUCGCCACCAACAGGAAGGUGAACAGCAGGCUGAGGUGUGCGGUUCAGGAGCGAGCCGUUAAAGAGAAAGUGACGGUUCUGUCUGCGGCGUGA